AUGGCCGAUGCCUCCCCUCAAGGUGGAUCCAAUCCCCAACCCCGCCCACGCCGCCGCCUUAUUCCUCGUCCUCAGGUUUUCAUCAAUGUGGGACUUGGAUUGUAUCCAACAUCCAUUAUAGACGAGCUAGCGAGAGACGGCAAACUUAAAGUUGUCCCAGUCUACUACAAGGUGAGCCACAGCGAAGUGAAACACUUCCAGGGAGAGUUCGGCGAAAGUUUCGAAAGAUUGAAAGAUAAAUAUGAAAUCAAAGAACCAGAGAAUAUCUUGAAAUGGAAAGCUUCUGUGGAGUCAAUCGCAAAGAGAAAAGGCUUGCUCUCUUACAUUCGCGGCAAAGUUCCAGCGCCUCUUCAUUCCCAGAUCGUUGAUGCUGUUAUAGCUUACCUAAACAAAAUGCCAGGUGGAAAGGUCAAGCCCCUGGACACUAAAUUCACGGUGAUAGACGUGUUCAUUUUGGCCUUUGUUGUAGCUUUUCUUUGUCGCUACAUCAUAUCCCCUCUGUUUUUCAACAAUGCGGAUUUUUUAAAUAAUCGGAAGUGGCUGUUUGGUUUCCCGACAGCUGUUGCUUUCUGGUUCCACAACAACAACAAGAAUGAUCAGAACAACCCACCUCAUAGCACAACCACACCAACCCCUUCCAACACCGAACCACCACCAUCUCCUGGCACCAGACCAAGCCCUUCUAACUUUAAACCACCACCACCUCCUUUCACUAGACCAAGCCCACCACCUCCUUUCACCAAACCAAGCCCUUCUAGCUUCAAACCACCACCUCCUCCUUCCUCUACCAGACCAACCCCUUCCAGCUUCAAACGAAGACCACCACCUCCUCGCACCGAAACACCACCAACACCAUCUCCUUAAUCGGUUGACCUAGUUAUUGGAGACAUUAUAUAAGUAGGAAAUUGUAUGUUUGUUGUUGGUUUGUAUGUUGUUUGAUAUACACAUGUGUGUGUGUUUAUUACCUUCAGAAUAAGUGUUGCUUGCUAUAUUACUUGAUUCUCGUUGUCCAAGACACCUUGGUAGCCUUGUAUGUCUUUUAUGAACACAUUUCUUUUCCAUGGA